AUGGCGUCUAAGGAACUGACUAAAAGGCAAGAAUCAAAAGCAAGCAAUGACAAAGAUGUCGAUCAGAAGAAAACCAAAGUAGAGGAAUCGGAGCCAAAGGAAGAGGUCUACACCACGGAUAGGAAAUCAGAGUCGGGAAAAUCAUACAACUUGAAAAUCUCAGCAUGGAACAUUGGAGGAAUGAAAGCAUGGAUCAAGAAAGGAGGGAUCGAUUACAUCACCAAGGAAUCCCCUGAUAUCUUCCUUGCCCAAGAGACCAAAGUCGAUGCAACGAAGCCCCCUCCCGAGGCAGCUCUGGACGACUACCACAUCACCUACAACGCUGCGGAAAAGAAGGGGUAUUCGGGUGUGGCCCUGUUCUCCAAGAAGAAGCCCAUCAGUGUCACCAAAGGCAUGGGUAUUGAAGAGCACGAUAAAGAAGGGCGUAUGAUCACGGCAGAGUAUGACUCAUUCUAUUUUGUAGGAGUCUAUGUUCCCAACUCUAGCAGAGGCCUUGUCAGGUUAGAUUACAGACAAGAGUGGGACAAAGAUUUCAUGGCCUAUCUCAAAAAGCUCGACGCCAAGAAACCUGUCAUAUGCUGUGGUGACAUGAAUGUUGCCCAUGAGGAGAUAGAUCUGAAGAAUCCGAAGAGCAACCGCAACAAGACGCCUGGCUUCACUGACCAAGAGAGGGAGGGCUUCACUGCGCUCCUUGACACAGGCUUUGUGGAUUCCUUCCGUCACCUGUACCCUGAGCAGGCAGAUGCUUAUUCGUUCUGGACCUACAUGGGAAACUGCAGAGCAAAGAAUGUUGGCUGGAGGCUAGAUUACGGUGUGAUUUCCAAGUCGCUCGUGCCAAAGCUGUGCGAUAACCAGAUGAGAACGCAGACGUUCGGUAGUGACCACUGCCCCAUGGUGGUCUACAUGGCCAUGUGACCUUCCAUGACCCCUUGUAUGACCCUCCAUCAUCAAUCUUAAUACUGAGCCUAUCCUUUGCAAAACCAAAUUUUUAUGAUAGAAUACUAAUGUUUGUAAGUGACCACUACAAUAAAGUGGUUUGUGUGGCCACACAAUAACAAGAACUUUCGAUGACCCCUCUGCCCGAUGACCCUCCAGCAACUUGUCAUCAAUCUUUUACUGAGCCUAUCCUUGCAGAACCAAUUUUUUUAUGAUAGACAGAAUACUAAUGUUUGUAUUAAGUGACCACUACAUGUCUGUGUGGCCAUAUACAGUAAUAACAACAGCAAGAACUAUCAAGCAGGGUUCCCCGUUUCAAUGACCCCUCCGUCCUUUAAGCAACCUGCCAUUGACCUUUCACUGAUAGACAAAUGACAAUGCUGCCAUUCAGGGGUCUUCGUAACGGUUUUGAAAGUGGGUGGGUGGCUGACCAUGCACCCCCCCCCAGUUCCGUGGCCCCUGUGUGUAUCCAUGAUGCAAUCAUGCAUGACAAUCUUCGAUGACCCUAUCGGUGACCUGUCAGCAACCUUUCAAUGAGCUUUCUAUCUUGGCAUCCAGUGAUUAACAGACAGAACACAAACGUUUGGAAGUGACUAAACGGCUAUUUCUCCCGGACUACUUCCCUCUACGGAAGAGCCAAAAGUGCUUGAAAUUUUCUGUUUUGCUUCAUUUCAUUGUCAUCUUUUGCCAACAAAAUGACUUAAUCAGUAAUCUAGAAUGACGUAGAGGAAAUACAUAUUCUAAAGCAAUAGAUUCCUCUACUCUACAUUGAAAUAAGAUCCCAUUACAUUAAUUACAUAUCCAGCCAUUUUAGCUAUUCAGACACCAUUUCUGAUGCGACCGGGUGGGUGUUUCAUAAAGCUGCUCGUAAGUUAAGAGCGACUUUAAGAACGGCUGGUGAACCUUUCUUACGCGCGUAACCAUCGCCAAUGAAUAUACCAUUUACCACUAUAAAGGAUCACCAGUCGUUCUUAAAGUCGCUCUUAACUUACGAACAGCUUUAUGAAACGGCCCCCAGGUAAAUUAGCUCACACUGUAUUGCCAUAAGUUUUGUUAAACAUUUGUUAUUUCCCCCAGUGUUUACAUGAUUUCACAAUCCCUUUUAUCAUGUCUGAAAAUAUUUGUUCACUAUGAUUCAUAAUAAUGUUUACCAUAUGAUCAAAAAGUACCUUUUUCAUCAGUAUUUCCACAUGAGGUUUUGAUGUGAUUUUGAACCAUAAGCAUCACAGAAUUAGUGUCUGUGAUGUGAGAAUGCAUGUCAUUUUAUAAGGAUCACUAGCUGUGGAGACUAUUCAGAAUAAAAGCAAUAAAUCAUCAUCAUUAAUCAGUAGUUAUGAAUCUCUUUUGAUCAAUAGUUUAUUAUGUACUGUUGAUUGAAUGGUGCUGGCCAUUAGUAUAUGUACAUACAUGUGUAUACAUGAGUAGUUUAGAUGUUUCAAACAUUAGAGUAGCUGUAUGUAUUUAGCUGUUGUGCCAAAGGUAAACAUGUAGCCCUACCAUGAAGUUUCACUGUCGUGAUAUUCUAAUAUCAUAUCUUGCAUCCCUAUCCGCUGUCUCUGUGACUGCUAUUUUCAUCAAUUUUUAGGAUUGUUUGAAAUACUACUGCAUGAGAAAACAGAAAAUAUGUUGGAAGAAGUAACUUUUACAUAUUUUUUUGCUUAUCUAUCUUCAAGAAGAUUUGGGGAUUGUUUUAAACUAAAAUUAUGAUUAAUAAUUCAUUAAAGCUUCAUGAAUGUUGAUGCUUCCAUGUAGAAGCAGUAUUAGACAAUAGGAAUGUAGAUACAAUGUUUGUUGUUGUUUUUGUUGUAAUGUACAUCUUUGACUUCAAAAGUCGUAAAUAAGUUCUUGCUGGUGCUCACGUUGUGGUUCUUAGAGACAUGAAGCAAUCAUGUACAUGUAUGAUUAUCUAUUUGUGUGUCUAUGUGUAGACUAAUCUUUUAUAGAUUGAACUGCAUCUUUCUAUAUAAAGAAAAGGGGAGGUACAUAACAGCUUGCCGACGUCAGGCUUUGUUAGUGUUACAAUAUGCAAUCAGUAUCGAUAAAACCACCUUGUUGUAAAUAAGUUUAAUACUUGUCUCCAGUAUGUCAUCAUUCAGCCUACACAAUAGUGAUAGUUAGGAGCAUUAAAAUCAUUGUAGUAUAGCUGCCCUUAGGGGCUCAGCCUAUUUAAGUGUACAUCAAAUUAAAUCAAAGAGAUGUGCAUAUACAGUGUAAUCAGUUUAGAAGAAAGUGAAUUUCUGUUCCACUAAAUCUUGUUUCCGAGGUCUGAUAGUAUACACAGGAAAAAAUGUGCAAAAAUGCACAGAUUUAUUCACAAAGCAGUCUUUGAUAAAUUGAUGCUUUAUGGGGGGAAGUGUAGAAAAUGGUUAUGGAAUGCUUUUUGAGUAGCUGAAGAGAUACCAGUUGUGAAGACCAUUAUGGAAUGCUGGACCUAUUUGGAUUUAUGAAUCCAUCAUGCAACAUGUAUGAGAAAGAAGCUUGAAAGAUGCUCAAGUUAUUGUACUUUUGUGAUGUUUUUUUAUUUUACAGUAUGUACAUUGUGAUUUCGCUUUGAUAACCACGGAAUAAAGACAAUUCUUUUGUA